GCGACAUUCAUUCCACCGUCGAGGCCUGGCUCUUCUCCAAAACCCGGCCUUUUCAAAACAAUGGCGACCGUGCUGUCUUUGCCGUCCCUUAAGUCGGUCGCUGAAUGCGCCGACUUCAGCCUGACGGUUCGGCCGUACAUCCCCCAGCUCCUCGACCUCCCGCGCAACCUUCGUGCCGCGCUCGCCGGCGACGACAAGCUCCACGAGCUGCGCCUCCUCUACCUCAACACGAACCCGCUCGCCUCGGCGGCGGCGCUCGCGCUCGCGCUCUCGGUGAUCGUGCUCGUCGCCUCCGAGGUGAACAGGAACUACUCCCAGGUGGACAGGCUGUGGAGCAUUCUCCCCGCCGUGUACAUCGGACACUAUGCCGCCUGGGCGCACCUCAACGGCCUGCCGACGCAGAAGCUGGACAACAUCGCCGUAUUUGGCGCGGUCUGGAGUGCCAGGUUGACGUUCAACUACUGGCGGAAGGGAGGAUACAACAUCGGAUCGGAGGACUACAGGUGGCCUAUCAUCAAGGACAAACUUGGCUACUGGGGCAUGCUUGCUCUCAACGUCACUUUCAUUUCGUUCGGGCAAAACAUCCUGCUCCUCCUGAUCACGGCUCCAGCGUACAUCUUUCUGCUCGCCUCCCGCCUCGGCUCGGACACCAUGCAGCUGUCCGACAUCGUCUUCUCACGCGCGUUGAUGGGGUUGAUUCUGGUCGAGUUCUUCGCAGAUCAGCAGCAGUGGAAUUACCAAGAGGCAAAGCGCAAGUACCGUGCAACGGCAAAGCUUCCUGCGGACUCAAAAUACACGCAAGAGGAUCUGGACCGAGGCUUCAACGUGUCCGGGCUGUGGUCGUGGUCUCGCCACCCCAACUUUUUGGCGGAGCAGCUCAUCUGGGUGACGCUGUAUCAAUGGGCGUGCUACGCGACCGACACGUACUUCAAUUGGACCGUAGUCGGGGUCAUGGGGUAUCUCGGCGUCUUCCAAGGUUCCACAUGGUUGACUGAAUUGUUGAGCGCGCAGAAAUACCCCGAAUACGAAGAGUAUCAGCGCCUGGUGGGGAGAUUCUUCCCGAAGCUCUUCUCAACUAGAGCGUCAGAAGAGCUUGUGUUGGAGAAGUCAAAACCCACACAAGCAAAGAAGAGAGGUUCCAAAAAGGACUGAAGGAAAAAAAAAUUUGGGUUCAAUUCGUAGAUAACUAAAUACGUAAGAAUUGGCUCGAAAGGGGAGGAUCCAUAAUCUCGACAGCGGCAUAUGCACGGACGCAGUAACGUGCGAUUGGUAGCAGGACGAGCUCUUGAUACCCAAAGCUCGGUGCAUAUGUUUUUUUUUUUAUAAACUCUCCCAGAAUCUCUUAUGCGGACUCGAACGAGUCAUCCUGUGGAAUAUCAAUAGGAUCCAUCUCCCUGAAAAUAGGUUGGAGUCCAACUUUUUCGAAUAUCCAAUUUAGCUCCCCUUCGCC